CGAGGCAUCCAAUAACUUGCAAUGAAGUUUGUGAUUAAAGUAAUAUAAUUAUAAUGAAACCCAAAUCAUCAAAAUGCAAUUUCUUAAAGUUCGUACACCGUUAUAUUAAAUCUAAACAGAAGUAAUAUGAGAUAAAAUCUUCAUGGGAACUUAUUUCAGCUGCCUGAUUAACACACAAUAUUUGUUUAUUCUGUUAUGGGUUGCUAAUCUAUUUAUAUAGUUAUUUUGACAGUUCCAAACUGCCAAUAACAUAGGACGUCACCAAAUAUUGCUGCGAGCAUGUGCAUUGAAAUUAGCUUAUAAAAUUUAAAUGACCCUCCUGGGGAUCGCUUACGUCUAGCAGUGAUUUAUUAUGAAGAAAAUGCUGGUUUCCCUCUUUACGAUCUCAGUUCUAUAUUAGUAGAGACUGACUAUGGAAGAAAUGACGUAUUGUCAAUUGAGUACAAACGUUUCCUCGGAGGCAGAAAUCUGCCAUUUACGGACUAAAUGAAAUCGUAUCCUUAAAUGAAAAGAUUUGGUCAGGAAUUUCUUAGUCAACGAAGGACCAUGUAUAUAAAUGUAACCAAUACACCUAAGCACGGUCAUGAAUCCAGGCAUAAUGAAUGUUCCUGCACCACGACAAUGAAACCGGAAGAGACUGUUGAGGUAGAAGCGUUCUUUUACAUCGUUGUUGUCAUUGCAUUUUAUUCUAUCACUAUCGUAGUGUUAUUAAUCAAAUAUAACAGAAAUGACGACGAAGAGCAAUCUUCCAAGUACAACUACUCUGAAUAUGUGAAUAGAGAAAGAUUCCAAACCGCUCAAUAUAAGAACAGAAUUGCUGUUGAAAGAACUAAAGCAGUUUUAGGAUCAUUAAAUUUAUUGGAUAAUAUAAAAGUUGCUGCUGGAACAGUUUGUCCAGUAAUAAUUGUGAGCGAGUACUCGGAUGAUGACGUAGAAAAUGGCAAACACGAGGACAUGUCAUAUCACGUUGAUGAAACGAACGCUACAACGUCACAGACAUCUUUUGAAGAUUGUGAUGACGUCGUAUCAGUAUCAGAUUUCAAAUGGACGUCUGUUUAUUUUGAUGCAUUGAUAGAAUUUAAGGAUUGUGACUGUGAAUAUAAGCAGGAUUCUUCCAGAAGGAGAAGCUGUGAUAGUGUCUAGAUUAACUGUAUAUUCAAAAUGUAUAGUAGACAAAUGUAGACAAAAGACAAAUGUAGACAAAUGAACAUAGGCAAACCAGUAAUUGUACAAACAUCUUCUAAAAUGAUUCAUUAAUUGUAAUUUUGAAUAAUUUGAGCGGUACUUUCGGAUAGAGCUUUGCUUACCUUUUUCUUUUGCUUAACGGUAAGAUUGCUUGGAUAUAAUGAGGUACUGUGAAGAGAGAUUUUUUCCAUAAAUAUAUAUUUUAUUGUCGACCCCAGCGAUUCUUUUUGGUAACAGUAUCUGUCCUUAUAUGUAUUUACAUGUAUCUAUAAUAUUGCACUUACAUAUAAGUAGAUCUACAUGUAUAUACGAAUUGUAAAUAAAUCAGUUAAAAUU